UGCCUCUGAUGUUGACGUCACUAGGGGUUUGCCAGCCCCUCCUACGCUUCCCACUGACUUCGACCAAUACACUGCCCUUCUGUCCCUCAUCAGUAAGAGUAACAGCACCGGGGGGAGUGCUAGAGGAGCUGAUCCGGGCUGCCUGCCACCGGACAUCGCCUUCCAAGAGGAGCUAAGGAGACAGCUACGUUCUACCAUUCAGAACAAUCUGGUGAAGGAGGCCCGUAGGAGAGCUGUUGACCUUGAGAGGGAGCUCGGUCCGUCCAUCCUUGGCCUGGGCCCUCGACCGGAGUACAACCUCAUCGUUCAAGCUAUGAAUGCCGGAAUGGCUGCUGCUUCCGUCGCCUCUUUCGAGGCUGUCUUGGCUUCCACUAAGACUGCGUCCGCAAGCGCUACUAUGGACCUGUAUAAGCGUCUGCUUGCCGAGGAACGCAUCGGUGCUGAGCAAGAGUUCAUCCAGUCUGGAGACGUGCCUCCGGCUCCUCCGCCCUCGCUGACUCCUUCGGUCGAGAUGAUGAUGGGCACUGACACCGCCGUCGCUGUCACCAUGGCUGUCCCCGGUGUGACCUCGGCUAAUGUUGGUGGAUCGUCUUCUUCCUCGAGCCUGAACUACCACAGUGGCAAUACUAGCCCUGACUACCUAACCAACGUUCACCACGCUAAUGGAAGAGUUGGACGUGGGGAGGGGGGCGAGACAGGGGGUUCCACUUGCAGUAAGUCCUUCUGCUACCUGUGA